AUGAAGACAAUGACUAGAAUAUUUGGUAUUAUGGGUAUCGUUACUCUUGUUUCUGGACCAUUCCUUAUUGUUGUGUUGGAAAAGGAAUUUAUCGGAAUGAUUGCCAAGCACAAAAUCUAUAGAGUUAAAAAGAUUCAAUUUAUUCCAUUUAAACCUUCUAAUUUCAAAUCUCAAACUGAAGAAUUGAAAGAAAGAGAAAUUCAAUACAUUGAAAUGAUGAAUAGAACCAUUGUUGAAGAUAAUAGUUUCUAUAUGAGUUAUACUCUUGAUUUAACUCAUCACUUGCAACACACAUUCUCAACUAUUCAAGGUCUUGACACUGAAAAUUUAUCUGCUUGGCGUGGAGCUCACAACAAGUACUUUUGGAAUAGACACAUGUUACAAUCUCUCAUUAGCAAGGGAAUGGAUGGAUUUAUCAUGCCAGCAAUCAGAGGUAUUGUGGAAAUUGCUUCUUGUAAUAUGAAUGGUAAAGUGUUUACUUUUGGUAUUGUUUCAAGAACAAGUACCAAGAGAGCUGGUACUAGAUACAUUAUGAGAGGAGCUGAUGAAAAUGGUUAUGUUGCUAACUUUGUUGAAAGUGAACAAUUCGCUUAUUAUGACGGUGUUUUGAGUGCUUUCCUCCAAAUUCGUGGUUCUAUUCCUCUUAUUUGGACUCAAGAAGCCAAUCUCAAAUAUACACCAGAGAUUAAAUUCUUGACUGACAAGCAAAAGCAACAAACAGCAUUUGAAAAACAUUUCCAAUAUAUUUUGAGAGAAUAUCAAAAUAAUAUUACUGCUGUCAACUUGUGUAAGAAGACUGGUCAAGAAAGCAAGUUGAGCGAGCUCUAUACAAGCUACGUUAAACAUAUUCAAGGAGUCACUUAUAAUCAUUUCGAUUUCCACAAUGAAUGUAAAAAUCACGAUACAACAAAGCUCUAUACAAUGUUCUUACCAAGUAUCAAGGACAGUAUGAGAAAUAUCAAAUAUUUCUCAUGUAGACUUCAAGAAAUAUAUGAACUUCAAAAUGGUGUUUUCCGUGUCAAUUGUAUUGACUGUUGUGACAGAACCAAUUAUAUUGAAACCUUUAUUGCUAAAUACAUGAUGAUGGAACAAUUGUACAGAAUGGGUAUCACUAAAUCAAGAGAUGACAAGAUGGAAAACUAUCCUGCUUUUGAUCAAACAUUCAGAACAUUCUGGAUUAAUAAUGGUGACAGAGUUUCAGUUUUAUACAGUGGUACUGAAGCUCUCAAAUUCCAAAAGAGUGCACAAGGUUUAAUGAACGACGGUUUCAACUCUGUUAAACGAUACUUCCUAAACAACUUUAAAGAUAGUGAAAGACAAAAAGCUAUCAAUUUAGUCUUGGGAUUGGUUGAUAUCAAUUCAAAGGAAGAACAAGAAGAAGUAGAAAGUCCUGCUCAAAUUGUUGGAGAUCUUUUAACAUUUUAA